UCUUUUCUCCCUCCUGCAUCUAGAAUACAAAGAAGCUGUAGCCGUGACUACAGAGAAUCUAGGGGACAUACUUGAGUCAAAUGAUGUUUGAAAUCAUUUGAAAAACUGCAGAUGUUUAACACCGUUUAAAUAAAGACGUCGCCUCAAGAACUCAGACUUAAUCAAACAGUCUCAGAGAAAAAGGGAACAAUACGACUUCAUUUUCUUUUGCAGACCUACUUCUCCCACUGAAGCACCUUGCCUCGUGUAUUCUUCUCCUGGAGAGCUAUUAGGAGGAGAUUUCAUCCGAGGCCAGAGGAAAAUGUUACAAUCAGACAUUUAUGAAAACUUAAGCCAGACCCCAUCUACAGUGUCUCCUCCAAUGGGAGCCAUUAGCCAGACACACCCAAAUUGAACUACGGCUCUACAAAAUCAUACUGAAAGCCAAAGGGCAAGAGGACAAGAGAAGAGUGAAGGAGACAACCAGAAAGAAAACAGUUAGAGGAAUGCUAAGCAGCAUAAACAAACUUGGCUGAAGUGCAGAUUUUGGCUUUUUCAUCUUGCAUCAAGAUCAUCACAACUGGGCGAUUUCAAAGAAAACCUUGUUAUAAACAAAUGAGCUUUUGGUCUUUUGGAUUUGUUCAAAGAACGCUCUGGCUUUGUAACCACCUCACAGGGCAUUUCAAGAAAGGAGGCGUGCAUGAAGUCAGCCUCCAUGCUUCCAGUGUUUCCAUUUAACAUAAACAACACAAGCCUGAGCGCAUACACAUGCCUCAUCAGAUAGUGCCGUAAACUCUGAUCUUUAGAAGUAGAAAACAGAAGCACAUGAAAGUUCAAUGUCAAGUCACUAAAAUUAUCUGACGUGUGACAGCUGUUGGCUCUGUAGAUGUUUGAGGUUUUCUUAAAGAGUAAAACUUCAUAACAUACAACUUUAAAGCUGGAACCAGAUUCCGUAAAAUUACUUAAAUGAACACCAUAUCUUAAUUAGCUGGGUGUCUGCAGCUGCCUAACAGGCACAUUUACCGACUUGCAAACUUCACAACCCUCUAAAGGAUUUAUUAAAACUGCCAGACAGACUCAAUUGAAAGGAUUCACAGCUCCGUAUCCGAACGCCAUGGAUGGAAGAACAGACAGCAUCCAGGAUUUUUUCAACCAAUUUUGGAGUUUUGCUACAGAAAAACACAAUCAGGGGGUGUACAACACAGUCUGCCUGGUGGUCCUCCUAACUCUUCCCCUGCUGGUCCUCCUCACCACUUUGGUGGUGUGCUGCCACUGCUGCUGCUGUCGCCAUGCCAACAGCUGCUGUUGCUGCUGUGGUAAAGAUGCCAUGGCAACCGCAAGGUCAGAAACAAAGAAGAAAAAGAAUUCCACUGAAGACUUGUGGAUCUCUGUCAAGACGGGGCCGUUGACACCUGACAGGGUCGCCCUGGCCAUGGAGUAAGAAAUUAUUUUUCUUUUUUUUUUUAUCCUAGUUCACCAGCUUGGACUCAAAAGACAUACCAGGGGUUGAUGCAUAGACUGUAUAAGUGAAGCCAAAACAUCUCGAUCGUUCCCUGGUGGCUGGCUGCAGUAUGGGCGGAACUUUAAUACCGCAGCUCCACCGCCGGAAAACUAGUGCGCAGAUUCUGGCUCCAAAAUAACAAGAAGGCACUUCCGUACAGUGGGAGGAAGUGGAGAUGCGUGGACCAUUUUUAUAUACAGUCUAUGGUUCAAACCAAUGGGACGGCACAUUGUAAUGGGCACAGAUAUAGUUGAAACAUAUAAACAGUGUACAGUCAGUGUACUUGUCAUUUUGUAUCCAUAUGAUGUUAUGUGUGGAGAAUGUUUACAACAUUUUGUAUGAGCUUCUUAGUGUGUGGUACAUAAAGGAAGAAUAUGCAGAGGCAUAACUGAAAUGUGUUUGUUUAUGAGUGGGUUAGAGAGA